CCGGUGCUGCAGCUGCAGCUGCAGCCUCGGUCAGACGCACAGAGGAUGAGGCCUGCCAGUCCUGCCCCGAUUAAUCCAUCGUUUGCCCGGGGCGGUUAGCAUGGUCCGGGCCAUGGAUGCACCGAUCGCGCGUUUAGACGACGGCCGGCCGAACUUGGCGGACGCGGCCGCGGGUUCGGCGCCGCCGGCCGGCCGAGCGGAGGCCAGCCCCGCCGCGGGGGGAACGGCGGCUCGGCUCCUCCGGGAUCAGGACGAUCCUCCGGGGCGGGCUGACGGCGACGGCUCCCCGGAGGAGUCCAGUGUGUGCAGGUCCACGCAGGAACAGGUUAAUGGACCGGACGGGAAGUUAUCGGCUUGCCUCGGGGAUGUGAAACCGGAGAGGAUCGGUCCAGUGAGCGCGUUCACCGAGGAGACCCUGCUGGAGAAAGACGAAAUCUGGAGCGCCCUCGCCUGUAACUACGGCCAGGCCGUGCCGGUAGACUGGCGGCGGUCUCGGACGCGCUCCCUCUACAUCUCGACGUUUAACCUAAAGGAGAGACCGAAGGGGACGGAUGAUGCGGCGGAGCUGUCCGAUGAGGACGAGCUGAGGGAGCAGCUGGACAUGCACUCCAUCAUUGUCCCCUGUGUGGACCAGGAGCCCCUUGUCACGGCGGAGCAGGUCAUUGAGGAGAUUGAGGAAAUGAUGCAGGACUCACCCGACGUGGAGGCAGAGAGGAAUCCCUCCCAGUCGGAUCUGUCCAUGCUCUCCGUGGACAUCCGGCGCGGCAGUCCCGGUUUCGAGGACAGGCUGAGGUCGCUGAGCGCCGCCGAGCUGCUGCAGUGUCUGACGGAGAUGGAGGUGAACAUCAGGAGGUUCUCUGAGGAGCUGGUGCAGCAGCUGGCCGUCAGAGACGAGCUGGACUUUGAGAAGGAGGUGAAGAACAGUUUCAUCUCGGCGCUCAUCGACGUGCAGAACCGGCAGAAGGAGCACAGGGAGGCGCUGAGGAAGAAGAAGAAGCUGAAGGGUGGAGUCGGAGCAGCUCAGGGUCUGCCGGAGAGAACACCUGGAUCACGCUUCAGCAUGGACGGCCUCUCCUCUGUUAUUCAAAACAGCUUCCGGCAAACAUUUGGCAGUGGCUGCAGCGAAAGACAGUAUUUGACCACAGUCAUUCCUUAUGAGAAAAAGGGACUUCCUCCGUCGAUCGAAGACCUCCAGAUCCUGACCAAGAUUCUGCAAGCUAUGAGAGAUGACAGCGACAAGGUGCCUGGUCUCUUGACGGACUACAUCCUCAAUGGUGAGUGUUUCUCUCCUCUGUUCCCACCCUGUGACCAUUAAUGACCAGCUCUGUUUCAUCUGAGAUCUCCGGUUGUCGUUGAGCAAAAAUACAAAUUCAGUUUUUAAUUAAAUGUAUAUGACAGUGUUUAGUUUUUAUUAAGUUAGUGGUCACCACGUAAAUUUCCAGAACUUACUAGUGAAAACGUAUCCAGUGAGUUCUGAUUAUUACAUUCCCCUAUUACUAAGUAACUUAAUGAAUGUUUCAGAUAAAGUACCUGAAAGUUACUAGCAAGUUCCAUUAUUCACAUGGAAAAAAACAUCUAGGCUCUGGGAGAGAAAAUUGUGCUCACAUUAUAUUUGUUUCGAUCCACAAACAGUUGAAAUAUAGCACAUAAAAUGAAUGGAAACAAAUCCAUGGUUUUCAAGAGAUUUUAGCAGUAACAAUCUGAAAAGUCUGUUUUUAUACCUGGCCAUUUCUGAGUGAAUACUCGCUUCAAUCAUAUUUUGACUGCAAUUUCAACUUUAACACUUUAGAGACCUCUCUGCCAGUUUUCACAUCUUGAGACUGAAUUUUCUUCCACUUAUCUGGUGAAAAAAGUUCAGCCAUGUUAGACAAACAGCAUCUCUGAAUGUUAAUUUGCAUAACUGGGUAAACCUUCCUAUUGAAGCCGUCCCAUCCUGUGAUUUUCAUUUGUGCUGUGGUCUUAAGUUUGGGAUAUUGUUUUGUUCGCCGCAUCUUUCUCCCCGACCUGUUUGCUGGUUGUCCUGCUAAUGUUCUUUAAUAAACAUCCAGUAUCGUUCCAGCAUAACUGUCUGUAUAGUGAGAUUCAACAACACAGCUUACUUUGAGUUGGUCUCACAUAAAAUCCUCUUAAGAUACAAUACAAUUUGUGGCUGAAAUGUGUAAAAAAGAUCAAGUGUUGCAAACACAUCUGGAAGACAAUGUAUGCAUCCUUGAAAAGACUCCCAGCGUUUCCAUGCUUCCAUGUUGCAGUUGUAUGAGUCUGAGCUAAAAAAGUUGCAGUAAAUGAUCACAGUGUGUAUCUCAGAGGGGUGGAAGAGCACACAGUGUGUCUCUGUGUGUGUGUGUGUGUGUGUGUGUUUUUUAUCCCAUGUCCUUUUGUUAGUUGCUCUGUUGACACUUCUUGUUCCAACAAGCCCAACUCGUUCCUGUGGUCUGAUCCUGCUUCUCCUGCUUUGAUGCUCGGAUGUUUCUUACGAUUGUGCUUUUCAAAAUGCUUUUCGACUCUUUCCAUUUCCCGUAAGCUUCGUGUUUUUCGCCUGUCUUUGUCCUACAUGUUCUCCAUCUCUCCUCUUUUCACUUCUUAGUCUUUGGUUUUAAUUGAAAUAGUUAUGAGACAAAAUGAAUCUGUGUGGCUCAGUCUUAGUAAGAACAAAUAGAAAUGGACAGAAAAAGGCCUGGAAAUGUGAAAUAAUCUAAGUUUGUGUCUUCUGUGUCUUCUGCUGAUCUUUUCAUUGUUGUUGUUUUUUUUUUUGUCUUUCUCCACUUCUCACAAUCUUCACAAUCUUACGCUGCUUUACUCUCUAGCUCUGGUCUGAGCUUUGGACCGCGAGUGUUUUGUCCGACGUAAAUGGAUCCUGAUGAUCAGCAGACACUUAAAGUUAGAAAGAAGAGGACCUGUGAAGCACACUUAAUUUAUUCCUGAAUGCUUUUACCUCCAUGUGUGAAUUUAUUGGCCCAUCUCUGAUUUAUAUGUUUAAGUUAUUAAUGACUGUGAUUUGCAAAUAGAGUGCGUUCUCGCAGACUUUUUGACAUAUAGAAGGUUUUUCUAAGUGUUUCUUCGUUUUUAAAGAUUUCAAUCAGACAUUAGAUGAAUUCAUUCAGGGCAAAGCUGUGAAGCAAAGGGCUUAGCAUUUAUGAAGCAUCGACUGAUCAUCUGAGCCAAAAAACAAGGACACUUUUCUAAAGAGCAAAACAUUCUGUAAGCAUAAACAAAAAGACGAGACGAGAUUAGAAUCCCAGCAUUACAAGUUGAAAGAUCAGAGAGGUGGAAAAAACAGCCAAGAGACAUGGACAAGAUUAUAAAAGAAAUCUGAAUCCAGUCUGCGUCUUUGUGGCGUUAGCGAUCUCUGAUUUAUAUGUGUAUCAUUUUAUCAGGACUCUACCUCCAACACUGUCUGUAUUUAUAUAAUAUACUGAGCUGAUGGAGGCUUUACUGGCAAUCAGAAACAAUCUAUGCAUCUGAGUAAGAACUGAAUCUGACCCACAAACUGUCUGCGCUUCGGAGACGCCGCCUGGAGCGCACAGGAGGCGUCACACCUCGACUCUCACUGUGUUCCUACCAGCUGCCUUUGCCUGAACUUUUCUACAUCCAGGAGAGCUUAUUCUCACUGAUGAAUGUCAUGUUGAAGCUCUACUUACAGAGGCCACGUUGCUCUGCUAUUUAUUUAUUUGUGUAAAUAUUGUAUCUGAGUAAUAGAACUCUUGAUAUGUUUGCUUAAUUUUACUACUGAGAGGUUAAAUAAUAAAGAACAUGAUGAGGAAA